GGCCCUGGUGACCAGCCGAGUACCAGAGGGCUACACCGUCGUGCCCAUGACCUACAGAGGCGUCAUCACCGACGGCGGCGAAGAAGUUGAGCUGUCCGGUACCAUUGAAGACGUGCACCAGCAGAUCAAACGUCUCAACCUGGACUUCAACCUCACCCAGUCCGUGGAAGCCCGCGAGGCGGAUGCAGAGGUCCACCGGUUCCUCCAGAAACGGAACAAGAGCAACCUGCUGUGCAACAUCGAGGGCGAUCACUCGGAGACUGCCAACUACGAUUGGAUCACCCAGGGGAUUCAGUACCUGCUCGCCUUGGACGGUGUCUGUAAAGUGGGAGCCGGCCCGAGUACCUGCGCUCGGAUCAGCUGCUCCUAUGACUCUGGGAUUUACCUUUGCAAUGAUAAUGCCUGGGAGAUUGAGCCUAAGUGCUCGUACCUGGCAACCUACGCUGAGGACAUCAUGACGCAAUGUUAUGAUGGGAUGUACAUCAAUGGACAGGAGUUUGAUACGGAUAAUUACAAUAUCAUCGUGGCUGGAGAGCUCUGUUAAGUAGGCCUUGAGCGACGAGUGGUGGGGCAUUUGGCGG